CGCCGCCGCGUCGCCAUGAGUCGUCAACCUGAGGUGCUCUGGGCUCAACGCUCUGAAAAGGUUUACCUGACUAUCUCAGUCCCAGACGCAGAAGAUGUUGUGAUCAAGACUGAACCUCACGGCAUCUUUAGCUUCUCAGCUGUUGCUCAUGGGGAAUCUUUUAGCUUGAAUUUGGAGCUAUUCGAUUCCAUACUGCCUGAGGGAAGCAAAACAAAGACAAAGGUGGGUUCCCGAAACAUAAUCUGUUCGAUCCAGAAAGAUAAGAAAUGUUGGUGGAAGCGCUUGCUGAAGUCAGAGGCAAAACAUCCAUACAUCAAAGUUGACUGGAACAAAUGGUGUGAUGAGGAUGAAGAGUCUGAGAAUUCGGGUUCAGACGAUGACUUUGAUGGUGGUGAGGAAAAUGAGGAAAGCGAUGCUGAUGAUGGAAUGCUGUAUCUCCCUGACCUUGAGAAGCUGAGAGGGAAAUGAGCAGACAGGUUGGACUGGAUAUAUGAAUGAAGUAGGUUGUGCCGCUGUAGCAAGUAACCGUUAACGCUAAAAACCUGGGAUGGUGGUACCGCCAGACUUGUGACAUGGUGCCAUGUCUUUUAAUCUACCGAUCGUUACUCUUUUGUCGUCGCCGAGCUAGGGUUUGGAAUGUAGCUAGUGAGUCGCGUUUCGUUACCGACUUGGUUAUUGCUGUUAUGCAGCAAGAUUUCGGACAUGUAUGCUGAGCACCUUGUGGUUUCUCUUCAACAUGAUGUGUUAAUAGAGUUUCAAUGGCAGGAUUAUAUUCAUGGGCACUUCAAGCAUCAGUAUUAUUGUUUAUAUAGCAGUCAGUUUUUACUUUUUA